AUGGAAGACAGAAAACAUUGUUUGGAAGAAUGCUUUUUGGAUAAAAGAACAUGUCGUUUAUUCAAUCAUUCAAGUUAUUCAACACUUGGUUCAAAACAACCAUUUAUUGCCCCUUUAAUUUCCAAACUUGAUAUAGACCAUUACGAAAAUAUUUUAAAAUUAAAAAAUCGUUGUGGAGCUCGCCAUAUAGCUUUUAUGUUAAUUAAGGAUGCAGAACUACCUUCAUUUAAAAUUUUAAAAGGCCAAAAUCUGUCACUUCCUGAUUGCCUAAUAAAAUGCUUGGAAUCGUUAAUUUGUACUUUUGUUCAAUAUUUCCAAGGGUCAUGUAUUUUUGGAAUGGAAAAAUUAAUUGAAGAUCAGGAACCCUUACUUUUGGAUAAUUCUUUUUUAUUUGAACCUAUUUGCCUUCCAGACCCUCCAAAUAAUUUGACAAUUCUGGAUUGUGAGGAAGAACAUGUUUUUGAAAAAGUUGUGAAUAUGGAAUUGAGAGGGGAUAAUAUUGAAGAGUUAGGGGUUAUUAGAGACAUUCCCAACAUCAAACUGGAUGAGUGUCUUGAUGCCUGCAUUUUAGAUGAAUUUUGCCUUAGUAUUAAUUAUUAUUCUAAAAUUGAAAAUAAUUCUUCAACAAUUUGUCAAAUUUUGCCUUUUAACAGAAAUAAUAACAACAAAACACUUUCAGUGUUAAUUCAAGGGGUUAAUUAUUAUGAAUUGGCAUGUAAAAGGGAAAGAAUUGGAGGAAAUAAGUUUGAACAGAAUAUUGAAAAAAUUGAAGAAAAUAAGGAAAUAUUAAAAACAACUACAACGACGACGACUAAUACUACAAUAAUUACAAUAAUUAAUAAUAAUAUUACAAAAUUACAAAAAUGCUCAUUUUUACCAAAUUCAGGAAUACAGGAAUGUAAUAAUAAUAAUGUUGCCACAACUACACAAACAAUUUUUCCAACUUUAAUAACAAAAGAAUUUAAUUUUUCAAAAUUAACAAUAAAACCAACAAUUUCUGAUAUAGAAGAAACAACAGAAAAAAUAAUAAAAACAACUAGUAGUAAAAAUUCUGAAAUUAAAAAUUCUAAAAAUAAUAAUCGGCUUUAUUUAAAUCAACUUAAUGUUUAUGUAUUUUGUGAUUCACAAGGGGCUAAUGUUUCUUUCCAAUUAAAGAAUAACUCUCAGCGUUAUUCUGGUAAAAUUUAUGCCGCAGAUCGUUUCGAUAAUUGCCUUCUAAACGUUAAAAAUGCAAAAGAAUUCUUUUUCUUUGUGAAUAAGCCUGGAAAUAAUUUGAUAAAAAAUUGGUGUAAUGCUAAAAUAAAUAAUGAUCAAUUAAAUAUAUUAUUAGUAUUGUCUAAUAGUGUGGGAGAAGGAAUACCGCCGGAAGUAACCACAAAGGAUGAUUUAUUUUUUUAUAUUACUUGUCGUUAUAUAAAUGGAUUGCCUAUUCCGGAAGGGAAUGUUACAAAUGGAUUUGAAAGCUAUUCAAAAAUAGAACCGGAAAAAGAAAAUAAUAAAAAAUAUUUGGAUGAACAAACAAAUUUUGUGGAGAAUAGAGGAGAUACUAGAAUCAAACUAAAAAUACUUAAAAAUGGAAAACCUAUCAACAAUGUUUUUAUUGGAGAGAAGCUAUUAUCAGUUGUAGAAAGUAAUAGUGCUAUAAAUCCAGAAAACUUCCGUGUAUCUGAAUGCAACGCUACCCGUGUAUUACCACCAAUAACUGAUGAUAAUAUAUCAGAACAAAUUCAAGAAUAUUCUGGUCCCUCAAUUCCCUUGUUGGAUUCAAAUGGUUGCUCAUUACACCCCCAAAUCAUGGGAAAUAUGCGUCGUGUGGGGGACCAUUUAGAAGCUACAUUGACUGCUUUUAGAAUUGAUGGAGGAAGUGAAUUGGAAAUAAUUUGUUCAGUGAUCAUUUGUCGUUCUCAAUGCAAAACUGCUAAAUGUUCAAGGAAAGAUACCUUGGAAGAAUCGAAUUUUUUAAUUGAAAAUGAAGCUAAUUUUAAUUCAAAAGAAUUUUUAAAUAUUGGAGAGACCCUUAGACACCGUUUAGAAAGAAGGGAUACAGAGGAGCAUUUAAAUGAAGCUGAUAAAAUUACUGUGGAUAAAAGAAUUCGUGUUUUGGUUAUGAAAGAAGAGAAUUCUCCCAUAUCCAUAAAAGAGGAAGAAAAUGAAGAUGAAGGAGAGAAGGUGGAAAUGAAGGAGGAAUUGAAGGAGAAUCGUUUGGACGAGGAAUCUCUAAAAAAUGAGAAUUCUGACGAUUCAAGGAUUAUUAGUGAUAAUGAAUAUGUCAGUUCAACAUUGCAAGCUUUUGAAAUUACAAAUGACAACGAAAAUGAUGAGGAACAAAAUGAUGGUAUACUCGAACCCUUCAUAAUUUUAUUCUCCAUAGCACUAUUACUAAUUCUGUCCGGAGCAUUGUUUGCUACAACACUAAUUAAUUGGCUCCAUAAAAGAAGGGAUAGGUCUAAUAAAUAUACAAAUUCUGAAAGAAAUUAUUUUUACCCUUCUAGUAAUGAAAUUGGAAGUCAAUAUUUUUACAUUCCUCGAAUUCAGAAGGAUUUUGUUUUGACUUGA